CGUUAAUUAGUAUUGGCUGCUAUUAGCGCGCUGUCUUUGUUUGCUAACAUCGACCAUGGCCAAAUCCAAAGCCCCAAUUUCAACUUUCUUCAUCUCUCUUAACCUUACUUUCCUCUUCUCUACCUUGGUGACCGCCACAUACUAUCAAAGUAUAUCACCAACAAUGUUGGGUUUUAGUGAAGAGAAGUUAACCCGCCUUCACUUCUACUUCCACGACGUUGUGACGGGUCCAAAACGCAGCAUGGUGAUAGUAGCGGAGCCCAACGGCAAGGCCAAAAAUUCACUGCCAUUCGGAACGGUGGUGGCGAUGGACGACCCAUUAACGGCAGGGCCAGAACCUGACUCAAAAUUGUUGGGAAAGGCACAAGGGAUUUACACAUCAAUAUCUCAAGAGGCCCAAGAGGACAUGGGGUUGAUGAUGGUGAUGACCUUUGCGUUUUCGGAAGGGGAAUUUAAUGGUAGCACACUCAGCGUGUUGGGAAGGAACAUGAUCCUGCGAUACCCUGUGAGGGAGAUGCCAAUUGUCGGUGGAACAGGGGCUUUCCGAUUUGCACGUGGCUAUGCUCAGGGAAAGUUUUACUCCGUCGAUUUCACCAAAGGGGAUGCUAUUGUCGAAUACGACGUUUUCGUGUCCCAUUAUUGAGAGUUGAAUUAAUUACCAUUGUUCUUUGGUUCCAACCAUGAUAGAUACGUAGCAGCUUAGAACACCACUCAAAGUUGUGCUCUUUGUCCCUAGUUACUUUUAAUUUCUUACUUUCUUAAAUUUUUUCCUUUAUGUGAAGACUCCAAUCUUGAAAUAAUUGCAGGGCUCUAUUCUUGAAAAGUAAUGAAUGUUCAUGCUUUGAUAGAGACCUUGAACCA